AUGAGGAUCAUUUACAUUACUCUUUUCUAUUUUUCUCUUCUCUUAUCAUAUGCCUCUUAUGCUACUUCAGUCAAUGAUUUCUGUGUUGCAGACUUACAGCUUCCAAAUACCCCUUCAGGCUAUCCAUGCAAGUCAGAAACAAAUGUAACAGUGGAUGAUUUUUUAUUCUCCGACUUUGUACCUAGAAACACAAUAGACCCUUUUAAUGUUAGAUUAACCACUGCAUUCGUCACUAGUUUACCAGGUCUUAAUGGACUUGGUAUCUCCGCAGCAAGGGGGGACUUUGGCUUAAAUGGAACUGUUCCAAUGCAUUUUCAUCCUGAUGCAAAUGAAUUGCUUAUCGUAGUUAAAGGCCAGUUAACUGCUGGAUUUAUUACACCAACAAAAGUUGAUUUGAAAACUGUUAAACCUGGUGAUAGUUUAGUUAUUCCAAAAGGACUUUUACAUUUUGGAGUUAACACUGAUGUUGGAAAUGCUAUUGCUUCUGCUUUUUUCAGUAGCUCAAACCCUAAAAUGGAAAUACUUGAUUAUCUAUUAUUUGGCAACGAUUUAUCAACUUCAAUAAUCGCAAACCCAACUUUACUUGAUGUGUCACAAAUUAUUAAGCUUAAGGCUCAGUUUCGUGGCAGUGGCUAA